AUGUCGUUGAGCCCAAAGCACACAACGCCUUUCUCAGUGACAGAUAUUUUGAGUCCAAUCGAGGAGACCUACAAGAAGUUUAGUGGCAUGGACGGCGCAGGGAACCUAACCUCUCCACUGGGAGCCUACCGACAGCCUCAGGUGUCUCAGACCGGCAUGCAACAGCACUCCAUGGGCCACAACGCCACCGUGGCCACUACCUACCACAUGCCACACACUGUCUCCCAGUUCUCCCACAGCGCAAUGGGGGGAUACUGCAAUGGGAGCAUUGGCAACAUGGGAGACCUCCCGUCGUACCAGGAAAGCAUGCGGAACAGUGCAGCUGCAACAGGGUGGUACAGCGCCAACCCUGAUCCAAGAUACUCCACAAUUUCUAGAUUCAUGGGACCUUCCACAGGUAUGAACAUGACCAGCAUGGGGAGUCUCACGGGAAUGGCGGACGCCACCAAAUCCAUGCCAGCUCUCCACGCUGCGCCCAGGAGGAAACGGCGCGUCCUGUUCUCCCAGGCUCAGGUCUACGAGCUGGAGAGGAGAUUUAAGCAACAGAAGUACCUGUCGGCGCCGGAGAGGGAGCACCUGGCCAGCAUGAUCCACCUGACGCCGACCCAGGUGAAGAUCUGGUUUCAGAACCACCGGUACAAGAUGAAGCGGCAGGCCAAGGACAAGGCGGCUCAGCAGCUGCAGCAGCAGCAGCAGGACGGUAACCUGUGCCAGCAACAGGCGCAGUCCCCGCGGCGCGUCGCCGUACCAGUUUUGGUGAAGGACGGUAAACCGUGCCAGAACGGCUCCAACACGCCGACACCGAGCCAGCAGCAGGUACAACAACAGAGCCAACAACAGAGCCAGCAACAGAACGGAUCCGGAGUCGUGCUCGCAACCUCCACCAACGCCAUCAGCCAGCAUCAAAGCCAGCAGCAGGUCAACGCCUUGGUCCAGGCCCAGGAGCUGGAGGAGAUGUCGCCCAGCCCCCCCUCUCUGCACAGCCAGCUCAACAUGGCCCAGAUAGACACCUCUGCUGUAGAUUACACCAGUAACAUGGUCAGCUCAAACCUCCUCUACGGCAGAACGUGGUAG